GAUGGCAGGAAAAUCAGGAAAAGGUAUAGGGAAAGUGAGUGCAAAGAGACAUGCAAGAAAACCAAAUAAGGCUUCAAUAGAAGGAAUAACAAAGCCAGCAAUUAGAAGAUUAGCAAGAAGAGGAGGAGUAAAAAGAAUUUCAUCAUUUCUUUAUGAUGAUUCAAGAAAUGUUUUAAAGAGUUUCUUAGAGAAUGUUGUAAGAGAUGCAAUUACAUACACAGAGCAUGCAAGAAGAAAGACUGUUACAGUAAUGGAUGUUGUUUACUCAUUAAAGAGAUAAGGAAGAACUCUUUAUGGGUUUGGUGCAUGAAUUUUUAAUAGUUUUAUA